AUGGAAAUUGUAAGUUACCUUGUUAAAGAAGGUGCUCAAGUAAACAAACAACAUAAAGACGGAGUCACUGCACUUCAUUUUGCUGCACGAAACGGAUCAAUGGAAAUUGUACGUUACCUUGUUAAAGAAGGUGCUGAACUAAAUAAACAAAGUGAAGACGGAGUCACUGCACUUCAUUGUGCUGCAUUAAACGGAUCAAUGGAAACUGUACGUUACCUUGUUAAAGAAGGUGCUGAAGUAAAUAAACAACUUAAAGAUGGAGUCACUGCACUUCAUUAUGCUGCACAAAACGGAUCAAUGGAAAUUGUAAGUUACCUUGUUAAAGAAGGUGCUGAAGUAAAUAAACAAGAUAAAGAUGGAGACACUGCACUCCAUUGUGCUGCACGAAAAGGAUCAAUGGAAAUUGUAAGUUACCUUGUUAAACAAGGUGCUGAACUAAAUAAACAAAGUGAAAACGGAGUCACUGCACUUCAUUGUGCUGCACAAAACGGAUCAAUGGAAAUUGUAUGUUACCUUGUUAAAGAAGGUGCUGAAGUAAAUAAACAAGAUAAAGACGGAGACACUGCACUCCAUUGUGCUGCACGAAAAGGAUCAAUGGAAAUUGUAAGUUACCUUGUUAAACAAGGUGCUGAAGUAAAUAAACAACAAGAGGGAGUCACUGCACUUCAUUAUGCUGCACGAAACGGAUCAAUGGAAAUUGUAAUUUACCUUGUUAAACAAGGUGCUCAAGUAAAUAAACAACAUAAAGACGGAGUCACUGCACUUCAUUUUGCUGCACGAAACGGAUCAAUGGAAAUUGUACGUUACCUUGUUAAAGAAGGUGCUGAAGUAAAUAAACAACUUAAAGAUGGAGUCACUGCACUUCAUUAUGCUGCACAAAACGGAUCAAUGGAAAUUGUAAGUUACCUUGUUAAAGAAGGUGCUGAAGUAAAUAAACAACUUAAAGAGGGAGUCACUGCACUUCAUUAUGCUGCACAAAACGGGUCAUUGGAAAUUGUGCUGAACUAA